AAAUUAUUCGAGUCUAUAUAAAUUUUAUUGACAGUUUCCGUUACUUUAGUAAUCUAUGGUUCAUGGUGAAAUUACUGUUGAAACUGAAACAAACAUACGCGCCAUCUAGACGAAAUUUGACUAUUUCCAAGCGAAAAGUUAGGCUUCUUUCUUCACAUCGUAACCAAGAUGUCUACACACAAAAAGAAGACCAGGAAGCUCCGCGGUCAUGUCAGCCAUGGUCACGGUCGUAUAGGUAAGCACAGGAAACAUCCUGGAGGUCGUGGUAAUGCUGGUGGUCUUCACCACCAUCGUAUCAACUUUGACAAAUACCAUCCUGGCUACUUUGGAAAGCUUGGUAUGCGAAAUUACCACUUGAGACGGAACACAAAGUGGUGCCCUGCUUUAAAUUUGGAUAAAUUGUGGACACUGGUGUCAGAACAAAACAGGCUUAAAUAUAAGGAUUCAAAGAGCAAAGUACCAGUGAUUGAUCUUGUGAAAGCGGGAUACUACAAACUGCUAGGAAAAGGACGUCUUCCUAAACAACCAGUUAUUGUUAAAGCCAAAUUCUUCAGCAAAUUGGCAGAAGACAAAAUCAAGGCUGUUGGAGGUGCAUGUGUCCUUUCUGCUUAAAAAUGCAGGGAUCAACAUCUGGGCGGAACAUCUUGCUGUACAUUCUCUUGUGUUUAUAUUCUUAAUAAAAUUUAAACAACCAAAAAAAGGAAA